AAGUUUAGUGUAGUAAGUCGUAAGAUACUAUUUCAAAAAUCUAAAGUAAAAAAAAAUCAUUAUAAUUGGAACAUUAAUGACUCAGACUAGUUCCUCCAUAAAAGAAAGCCCAGACAGACAGUAGAAAUUUAAGAUAUCGAGAUGGGACCCAAAAAGAAGUCCGUUGCUGUAGCUAUUGCAGAAACUAAACCAGAAGACCAACCACCACCUGAAAAGGUGAAGCCAAAGAAAGAGCCCAUCCCCGUUUUCGUAUUCGAUGUUAUAGUCACCCAUUUGGAGGCCAAAAAUACCGAGUUCACCAAUCCAUCGAAGCUAGAAGUCACAGCAAACUUCUUCAAAACUCCACUUCUCCUCACCAAUAGUCAGAUAAAUGUUAGCGAUUUCAAGGCGAAUGCCGGUCUCUCCCUUCAAAAGGAUCCAAAGGAAAUUCGUAAGACAGUUAACGAUUGUGGGAUAUCCUUCAGCGUGGUGUACAGCAAGAAGGUGAUUGGCUCCGGGCAGGCAUCGUUCCCCUCCAGCGUAGUGGACUCCAUAGAAAAGGACAUGACCGAUAUUCUUCACUCGGACGUCAUUGAUUUGGCUGCAGGCGGCGAGGUGACCGGCAAACUGGAGUUCCUUUGCCGGUUGGUCGUCAUGUGCAUUGCUGAUGAGCCUGAGCUCGAGUGCGCCCGUAACAUGGACAGGAGCAUCAAUGCACAGGAUAUUAUGUUCGUAAUGGGUGAAUCGCAGGUGUGUCCCAGUGCCUGUGAACCCUGUCAAAAUGAUUUGGAAGCGGAGGAAGGCGACGAGCGGCUCAGACUGGACCUGGAACGAUAUCGCAGCCAGGGUGGUGGUAUAAAGCCAUACAAUAUGAUGACGAACAACGCAUCUGGGAUACCAGCGUGUUGUGAACUUAAGAAAAUGGCAAUCGAGUACGAGCGGAUGAUUGAUUCCAUCACCAAACAGACCGGCAUGCCGCCUCCCAAGCCUCCGUGUCGUAGUCCCGACGAGGCGAACAACUUUGGCAUGAACCCCUGUUGGUGCCAACCUGAACUUCCUCAAUUUCUUGAGCUGCCCGAGAAACCGGACAAGCCAUGCUUCGUUUACCUGCCCGCCACCCAAGAUCACGAGCCGGACUUCUGCGAGAAGAACCUAAUGCCGGUUCCCAUUGCGGACUGCGAUGGACAGAAGCCGGAAAUCAAGCCCAUCCGCUUUUGUCCGGUCUGCCUGACCAAUAUGUCGUGGCUGCCGAAGUUUGCAGCGUGUCCGAAGUGUGGAAUCAAACCGAUGCCCGUGGUGGAGGAUAGGCACAAGGAGAAGAAGGUAUCGGCCGACCAGAUCCUGCUCGAGUACUUGGGCAAAGGACCAUCCACUGUGGAUGACUACUGCACGGAUCCGUGUGAAAAGGCCAAAAAAGAUAGAGCCGACGAUGAUGAGUGUCCACCAUGCCGUUGCAGCUGCAAGUUCGGUAAAAUGUGUGCCCACUGUCGCAUCCGAAAGAUGUGCGCCGAUAUAUUUAAGAGCGAUCAGGUGACUCCCAAGUGUCCAAAAGUGGAGCCAAAGGAAUCGGAGGACUACUGUGUGGUAAACAAAAGCUCCGAGGACUGUCGACCCUAUUUGGCCAAAGUUUUCUCCGAGUUGCGCGAUCUCUACGAUAUCAAGGACACCAAGAAGUUAUCCGAACUGGACGAGAACUGCGAUCGAGCGGUGCCCAAAACGGAGAAGCCUGAGAAACAAGAACCCAAAAAGGAGAACCAAGCUCCCAAGAAACCACCUUAUAUACCACCUAACAACAAGGGUCAUAUUUCCAGCAGACACAAGCGAUGUGUCCUUCGAUCGGGAUUUGUGUCCCGACAACAUGGUUGGGCCUGGAGCAACAGCUGGGAGGCCAAAAAGCUGGGCUGGCGUCCGGGUGCCAUCCGUAAGCCCAUCAAGAAACUGAUGAAGUUCUUCCUGGAGCAACCUGCCAGAGAGAAUGCAUUUGCCAAAUGCAAGGACACGGAGACUUUGGAGCGAGAAAAGGAGCUGGCCUCACCGGUGUUGAAUAUCUGCAAGAAGAACGGAGAGAUCUUCAUCACCCUGCGUCCUCUUUCUCCCUUGGGUAUGCGCCAGAAACCCAUCACUUUCCGGAUUGUGAAGAGCGAAAUGGCAGUGGCCCUGCGUGAGAUCAAGAGAAAACUGAAGGAUAAGGGAUUCCGCAAGUGCACCUGUCACCAGACAUUGAUGAUGUGCCGUUGCAGGGAUCCCACCGAAAAGGUUCAUCUGCAGAGGGCUUUAAACAGGGAAUGCCGACGUCAUUGCAUUCCACCGGCUGGCGACCAUCUGGUGCUCACAGAUACCAGCGAAAGCGACAUGGAGUUUGACUUUGAUGUCACUCCGCCAGCAGGUACGGAGCAACCAUGCCAGCCGCCUUUGCCGGAUACCGUUAACCAUGGCACCCAGACAUCCAAGAAAGACCAGAUGCCACUACCUCCAAAGUAUCCCAUCCGAAUUCCACCUUAUUACAGAGGUUUCGACUGCGCUGUGGGCGAUCGCUACAUGGGUACGGCAUUCGGAUGGCCGGGAGAAAUGGUCUUCGAGGAUGGCGUAUUUGGAAUGAUGGGUGGCGGACCACAUGGCCCCAAUCCAAUGCCUUGCGGCAGACCCCGAGUGCCAGGAGCUUGGGGCGUUGGCGCAGGAGGGGAUGGCGGAGGAAUCGGAGGAGGCGGGGGCGCUCGAGGAGUCUUAGGUGGCGGAAGGUCAGCCAGAGGCGGAGGAGCUGGCGGCGGUGGCUUUAGAGGACCCGGCGGACCUGGAGGAGGACCUGGAGGUGGUGCCUGGAAGGGCUUUCCUACCGCAGCCGUCGGAAAGGCCCAAGGCCAAGGCAAAGGAAAAGGAGAAAAAUCCGAACCUAUACCAGUACGCUAUCCGAAGAGAUUCCUCAAGCCAGCCGAGGAGGCAGCCAAGGCCGCCAAGGAGGCGGAGAAGGCCGCUGUGGAUGCGAAGAAGAAGGGCAUUAAUAUGAUCAAGUAUCUGCAGAAGAAGGGUACUCUGGUCCGUCCCUGGAAUCCGCAGGAGGGCAAGGACAAAAGACCUAGACCACCCAAAGGUGGCUUUGUCGGAGACGAUGGCCUAAAGGACAAUGAAAGGAAGCGCAAAAUGCUCCUGGCCGUUCCACCAAUACCAAUCACUGAGAUGCCCCGGCGCGGAAAAGCACCCAAUCCCUGUGAUCCCUAUCGCAUGGAUAUAAUCUACUGAAUGGUCUUCAUUGUCUGCAUUCAUUUCAAUAUCGCUAAAAAUUUAAAUGUGAUAUGUCUCGCAUAUUUUUUAUAGU